UGUAUGUCGAUGGAUGAGCUCUGAUCAGCCCAGCCAGCAGUGCCUGAAGCUAGCUGAGAGGCACGCUUUUUUCUUGAGCUUUAAACAUCGAUUAGUCUAACAAAUAUCGGUGAUGAGUUCGGACGUACUUUUGAGUAGGCGUCGCAACGCCGGCGAAGCGUCAAGCCUGAGGGUUCGUCUAGCAGCGCUGUUUGGAUUUGCCUUUGGCUUUGCCAUGGCAUUUGUCACACUUUUGUCUUAUGGCACCUCGGUGACUGAGAUACUAAAUGAAAAACCAACUACCCUGGUUAUAACCACGGGUACAGGAGAGGGUUCAUCUUAUGGGUCAUCAGCAGCAGCAUUAGUUUCAUCAAGCUCGAGAGCUAUCGUUACCACCAAAUCAAACCCGGAUUUAUUUGAAGAAGUUCGCAUUGUUUGCAUGGUACUCACUUAUGCCGACAAUCGCGACAAGGCACAACAUCUGAAGGCAACUUGGGGCAAACGGUGCAACCGAUUGAUCUUCAUAAGUAACCAAAACGACCAGGAUCUGGGUGCAGUCGAUGUUGGUGUUGAGGAUAGUCAUGACAAUUUGUGGACAAAAACACGUGAGGCAUUUCGUUAUGUCUAUGAAAAUUUGUUGCACGAAGGCGAAUGGUUUCUUAAGGCAGAUGAUGAUACAUACAUUGUAAUGGAAAAUCUGAGAUACUUGCUCUACGGAUACGAUGCUCAAAAACCUAUCUAUUUUGGACAUAAAUUCAUCUACAAUGACAAAGUUUACAUGUCAGGUGGAGGAGGUUAUGUCCUCAGUAAAGAAGCACUUCGUCGUUUUAUUGUCGAUUCAUUUGACAAUGAAACACUGUGUUUAAGUGCCCAACCUUCAUCGGAAGAUUUUGAAAUUGGAAAAUGUCUUACAAAUGUUGGUGUUAUACCAGGAAAUUCAAUGGAUCCCAUUGACUAUACCCAAAGAUUUCAUCCUUUGCCACUUCGUGACUACCUUCAACCUGAUGCAAUGAAUACACUGCCAGGAUGGUUGUUUAAUAGGAGUGUUGAGCAAAUACAAACGGGGCCAUUCUGUUGUUCUGAUUACGCAAUAUCCUUCCAUUACCUUGAAUCCAAGGAUAUGUACUUGUAUGAUUUUUUCCUGUACCGAAUGAAGGUUCAUGGCAUAGAAAAACCAUUCCGAACGUUACCAGAUAAAAUUUCGUCAGAAAUUGGAUAAAUUAAAAGCAGACAAACUAUGAAAAAUAAUAUAAUUUACGUACUUAAUGUGAUUUUUAUAAAAUCAUAUUAAGAAUAUUAAAUGUUAAUUAGUAAUUAAAAUAUUAAUUAGGUGUAAUUUACAUAAUUUACCUAUAUUUCUGUGUUUAUGUAUUUGCUUUGUAAAAAAAGUAUUUGAAUUUGAAAAUAAUAAACGAAUUAUAGUAAACGUUGCAGACUUU